UUGAGUGCACGUAAAGAGGCAGAUGAAACGAACACAGGUGCAGUAUUACUGAAAUUGGACAACGUUGAAAAUGAUGUACCAACAGUUGCAUGUUAUAAGCUGACUGCCAUUGCUGCGCCGCUAAUGAAUCAUUUGAAAGCAAUGAUGCAAGAGCUCGCUGACGGGACAGACAGGGCAGGUAGCGAGGAGACGUUGGCAGAAGGUACAGAAUGCAAGCAGCUAAUUUCGGAUGCUGAAGCGGAAAGGCGUAAGCGAUUGCAAACGAAACGACAGCGCAAUACAGCUGUGACUCUGUCCGCCGCAUUCCUUUGGCGUGAACUUCAUGGAACUCCGUACAGGUGUCGUUCCAAUCAGCAAAUAACAGUCCUGCUCAUUGGGCACGAUGCUGUUUGGAGCGAAUCUCAUCAAGACCAUUCAAACGUCAGUUUGGAGCUCUGA